AGCCGUCCUGUGCCCUUUCCCCUGCUCUCAUCCGCAGGCCACAGUUCCCAGGCUCAUCCGUUAUCAACCACGACGUCGACUCCCGACGGACGAGCGAACGUGGUCCAUCUACGGCGCACCUACACGGUUAUUCUCUGUGAAGGGCUAAUCAUCCAUGCCGAGGAGCCGGUUAUUCGGACGUAGCGCACCCCAGCCAGAUGCGGCUCGGUACGCGCCUCCAGCUGGUCCCCCGCCGACCUGGCCGCAAUGGCAGACACCAGGCUCAUCGCUUGGGAGGUCCAGGCAGCCGCGGCGCGGUGACGGGGGAUCCGAAGUAGAAACCCCGGUAAUCUCUCUUGAAGACGAGAUAAAGCGAUCGUUCAAGGCUUGCAAGACGGGCAAGGGGAAUGCCCAGCUUCUCCAGGAAACUCUAGCCUAUACGAAGGUGGAAGAUCUGAAGGGCAAUCCCCUCAUCGAGGAAUUUUUGCAAAGGUGUCGCGCAUCCCAAGAGUAUCUCGCCUCCAACAUCCCCUGGGCCUCAUUCCAUGCCGAGAGAUCUCGCGAGACAUACCGCGGUAGCGACGAGACCGAGGAGGAACGUCUUCUUGCAGAGUUGCUGCAGACGAAUCAGGAGCUUCUAGACGCACUCAAAUCCUACAGUGACCUCGAAGGCCAAACGGAACGCGACCGCAAGAGAACUGAACGUCGACUGCGCGCCAUGGAAGCAAUCACCUCCUUCAAUCCUACCUCUUCCGAGUCGGCCUUGGUAGACCGCAUCUUCGCAGCCGGAGAUCCCCAGAAUACUGGAUCUAUUAGCCCAGAUGUUGCGCAAUCCAUUCUCAUGGGAUCAAAGCUCCCGGCAGAUACGCUGCAGGAGGUUUGGGAUAUCGCUAAUGUGGAAGACAACUCCACAUUUGGCAAAUACGUCGUUGGGAUUGCAGUCAGACUUGUGGGCCAUGUGCAGAACGGAAAGGAGCUGAGCGAAGAGCUUGUCCUGAAACCUGGAUCUCUCGCUGAGAUCGAUGGGCUGGAGUCAAGUCAAGGAGCAUCCAGCUACGUCUCCCUUCCGUCUUCGUCAGCCCGGGCGGAUCCUUUCAGUGAUCCUGUCGUUUCAAAACCUGGUCCCAAUCGGCCGCUCUUGCCCCACGCACUCAGCAGUCUACCGCCUUUGACGGAGCAGGAUAGAAACAAGUUCAUGCAAAUUUUCUAUCGCAGCGGUGCUGAGAACGGCAUUUUGAGUGGUCCACGCACCCGAGAAGUUCUCAUGAAGUCGAGGCUACCGGUCAACACUCUAGGGGAUAUUUGGGAUCUCGCGGACACGGAACGCCGGGGGUACCUCGAUGCGCCGGCGUUUACGAUUGCCAUGUAUCUCGUACAGGCGUGCAUGUCGGGCCAGCUGACCACUAUACCUCCAGUUCUUCCUCAGCAACUCUAUGCUGAGGCGGCCAAGAAUGCGCCCCACGCCGUGCUGGAUGCGCAUUACGGACCGUCAGGACAGGCCUCGCACACCCCUUCUCCCACCGCAGGAAUGUUCAGCUCGGCUGAUUCAUUACCUGCCCGCCCCCCAACACAGUCUCCACCGAGCACCACACCAGCCGAACCCUCGCUAAUUGAUCUAGAUGAGGAAAUUUCAGAUUUACCUGGACCUGUGUCGAUGCCUAUCCCACUAAUGAGCAGUGCUCCUCGGGAACACACGCGCGUAUCACCGUCAUUGCCGCCUGGUCUGAACAUACCCUCCACGUAUACGCCAAUGACGCCAAUGACCCCGACAAGCUCGUCGAUCUUCAGGCCGUUCUCUAGCCCUUCGCGCACGCCUUCCUCAAGCCAGCCAGGUUCUCCGCCACACACGCCGCAGUCUCCGUUUGAAGCCGCGCCUGAAGGGUGGAACUGGGAUGUUACACCGACCGACAAGAUGAGCUCCGACAAGCACUUUGAUACUCUCGAUCCAUGGAGACAAGGAUACAUCGAAGGGGAGGCUGCUGUAGGAUUUUUGUCCAAGUCUAAGCUACCGCCUCCGGUCCUCGCGAAGAUCUGGGAUCUGGCGGAUAUGGAUCACGAUGGUAAACUGACUAGGGAGGAGUUUGCGAUCGCGAUGUACCUCAUUCGGGGCAAGCUUGCCGGCAAGGAAGUGCCUAAUGUACUCCCGCCUUCGCUUGUCCCACCGCAGAACCUUCCGGACCUGAGCGCGGCACCAGCACUCGCUCCACGACAAGGGGCAGGCACUCCUCCGACCCAGCCACAAGAGCCUGAGCGCGCCAGCACGCCUCCGCCACCUUACGACGAGAACAUAACUCUACCUGAAGAAACUGCCUGAAUGGACGAUAUGUGGACGAUAUUUAUGGUGUUCACGGACCACUUUAUAAUGGGAAUCCUCUGUAUGUACUGGUAGAGCGAAUCACGAUGCGAAAU